GUCAACUCCGGACAAGAUGCGCGUCUACCUGGCCCUGCCGCUCCUGCUGCUGGGCAUCGGCCUCAGUUUGGCCCAGUACCAGUACCAGGCGCCCCACCAAACCCUCGCCCAGCAAUUCGCCGACGUGGUGGAUGUGGUCGAUCCUGCAGAGCAAUCUAUCAAAGCAGUGCGACCACCGAAGAGCCGCAAUCAGUGCACCACCAAGCAGAACUGCUUCUGCGGCACCCCGAAUGUCAACCGAAUUGUGGGCGGCCAGCAGGUGCGCUCCAACAAGUAUCCUUGGACCGCCCAGUUGGUCAAGGGUCGCCAUUAUCCACGCCUCUUCUGCGGCGGUUCCCUGAUCAACGAUCGCUAUGUGCUGACCGCCGCCCAUUGUGUGCACGGAAACAGGGAUCAGAUCACCAUUCGCCUGCUCCAGAUCGACAGAUCCUCCCGGGAUCCUGGCAUUGUGCGCAAGGUCGUCCAGACCACUGUGCAUCCCAACUACGAUCCCAACCGGAUUGUCAACGACGUGGCUCUGCUCAAGCUGGAGUCCCCUGUUCCGCUGACUGGAAACAUGCGUCCAGUCUGUCUGCCCGAGGCCAAUCAUAACUUUGAUGGCAAGACCGCUGUGGUCGCUGGCUGGGGCUUGAUCAAGGAGGGCGGCGUCACCUCCAACUAUCUGCAGGAGGUCAAUGUGCCCGUCAUCACCAACGCGCAGUGUCGCCAGACGCGCUACAAGGACAAGAUCGCCGAGGUGAUGCUCUGCGCAGGAUUGGUGCAGCAGGGUGGCAAGGACGCCUGCCAGGGCGACAGUGGUGGCCCACUGAUCGUCAACGAGGGGCGCUACAAGCUGGCCGGCGUGGUGUCCUUCGGCUACGGAUGUGCCCAGAAGAAUGCGCCGGGUGUCUACGCCAGGGUGAGCAAGUUCCUGGACUGGAUCCGGAAGAACACCGCCGACGGCUGCUACUGCCAGAGCUAGAUCAUUUCGCUGGAAGAACUCAUUUGCUUGCCUCAUUCCUAAGUUAUUCUAAAUUAUUGAAAAAAGAAGUUCACAUCAAAUAAAUCCAUCAAAUGCUUUAA